CUUUAAUGUAAUCAUAUUGUAUAUGUAGUGGGCACGAGUGUACAGAAGUGUAUUGCUAUAUUUAAACAGAAAUGUAAAUUUCAAUGAAUAAGUAUUAGAGAUCAACAUCCGUGUUCGAUGUUCUGAUGAGUGUGACCGUUGGGGCAGGAUGUGGUCUUUGCUGGUUUCCUCGAGGCUUAGGCCCCAAAACAUGUGUAGAAGGACAAAUCUCCCUCGAAAAAGACGAUGGGAAGAAACCGAAGAAGAGCCUGACACCAGUGAUGAAGAACUGAACAGUGAUGAAGAACCAGCAGCACCACCAGCACCAGCACCAGCAGCACCACCAGCACUAGCAGCACCAGCAGCACCAGUAGCACCACUAGCACCAUCACCAGCAGCACCACCAGCACCAGCACUAGCAGCACCAGCACCACCAGCACCAGCAUCCGCAUUAGCAAAUGAACCUUUUUGGAGGGUCAUUGACAAAUUGAUGCAGAUGCUGCCGGAGGAGGAGCGCAUGCAGCUCGAAAUGGAAAUGUUUCAGUUAGUAGUCGAAAGGGUACUUCAGUACCUAAAGUCAAGAUAGGACAGACCUGCCUCUGCUUAAAAGGAUGGAAUUGAAUGGGUGAUAACAACAUGCAACAGUAAGAUAAAAUAACUUUUGAAGUGACCAGGACAUGAACCAAUACACAAAACAGGAUGUCAGUUUUGCUGCCAUGAAUAACUCUUUCCAUAGCCUUCCCAGCCAACAUUUGUUGGUUGAAAUUCAGAGCCUAAUGAAGAAGACACCGCAGAUUCUUCACAUCCACUUUGUGAGAUAAAUGCUGCGUGAAAGUAUGAAGAAUACAAUAAUUUUUUCAGUGGAGCUUGUUUCUUUAUGGUGGAAAGGCAUAUUUUUUUCUAACUGUCCCUUAGAACAAACUGAGCAUCGUAUAAUAAAAGAGCACUUUUUUUUUUUAAUAACAACCAUCCUCCACACAUGGAAUCAGUGUAGGGUGUGACUUUUGUCACACAAUAUUCCUGCUGUGACUACUUGCAAAUAAAAGUGCCUGAAUUGUGAUGUAUUCCUGUUAAAAAAAAAAUUUCAAAUAUUGUAAGAGAUUUUCCUGUUUCAGUGUUAUUGACAAGCUGUCCUUUGAUGUCUUUAAUGAUGCCAGGCUGUGCCUUGCAUAAACCAAAACAUGCAGCAUUGCUUCCAGAGCUAAAAGGUUACCAGCAUAUUUUUAUGCAUUUGUAUCACAUUCCUGCCACUUUUGAUAAUUCACUUAGUUCUUGCUGCCAGAUUGCCUGCUCAUCACCAACCAUUCAGAAAUCCAGAAGUUGACAGACAUGCAAAGAACCUUUCAUGACCCUUCAAUAUCUCUUAAUGCUGACAUCUGUUGUCCUAUGGCCAUUGUUUUUCACUUAAUUUUCUGAUAUCUGGAUAACUUUUUGUCCUUUCCAUGAACUGUCACGAAACUGCUAUAAUUAAUCCACUGAAAACACUCUUCUUAAGAAACGUGUAAACUACAGAAACUGCACUGAGCUUCAAGUUUCUUUAUGGCGGAAAGGCAUAUUUUUUUUUCUAACUGUCCCUUAGAAACAAACUUGCUCGACCAAUGGUUAAAGUGUGUAUGCACGUUUGAGUAAUGGUGCUACAUUUUAUAAAUGUGUGCUAGGCGCCAUUGCUCACUCCAGUUACUGCAACAGUAGUAAUAAUAAUAAUCACUUCUGAACUGCAUCUCCUUCUUCACACUUUAAAUCUAAAUAGGUCACCAUAUGCAUGUAUAUAUCUAUGGUUAAACAUAUGCAUAAUAUUUGCUGAUUUGCCAAAGAUACCAUAAAUCAAUUCUACAACCAACACAAAGGCUACAGUUUUACUGCUUUAUUGUCCAAUGUCUUUCCUAGACAACAAUGCUGAUGCAACAUUUUUAUUACACUUUUUACCUCUGGAGCAACCAUACAGCAACAACAUUCACAUAUAAGCAAGUGAGGAUGGGAAGAAAACCAUGAGGAAAGAGUUGAUGCCUGGCUGACCAUCAGGCAUUGACCAAACAAUUCUCAUUAUUACUACACCAGUAAGCACGAAGUUUGUGUUAUGUAAGCACAUUAUUUACAUGUGAAUAACACAUCAUAUUCACCUUAGCUUUGGACCUUCUACGACUUGGCAAUCAUCUUUCUCAGCAAGCUUCUUGUUACACUUAAUGCACGACUAACACAAUUAUAAUGGGACAUAACUCCACAGCUCGUAAGCAAUAUAUGUUUGAAUUGAAUAGCCUCCCUUAACCAAAGUGGUCGCUGACCCACUCAAUAUGGAAAUCGACUAAUAUCAAGAAAAUAUAUGGCUAAAGCAAAAAAAAAAAAAAAAAAAAAA